AGUGCAGCACCGCCCGCCUGAUCCUCCGAGGGACGCGCAGGAGGCCGCGGCCCGGGCAGAAGCCGGGCCUCCGGGCAGCUGCACUGGCGGGAAUGGCGGCCGGGCCGGGCUGAGAAGAGCGGAGCCGCGUCUCGAGGCGGCCAUGAGGCUGCUGCGGGCUCUGCUGAGAGGCGCCUCCCCGGCCGGCCUCCCGCAGCAGGUGGAUUUCUACGCCCGCUUCUCCCCGUCGCCCCUCUCCAUGAAGCAGUUCCUGGACUUCGGAUCUGAAAAUGCUUGUGAAAAGACUUCGUUUAUGUUUUUGAGACAAGAGUUGCCUGUAAGAUUGGCAAACAUAAUGAAAGAAAUAAGUCUGCUUCCAGACAACCUACUAAAAACACCUUCAGUUCAGCUGGUGCAGAGCUGGUAUGUCCAGAGUCUUCAGGAAAUCCUUGACUUUAAGGAGAAAAGUGCAGAAGACUCAAAAGUUAUUCAUAGGUUUACAGAUACUGUGAUAACAAUCCGAAACCGACACAAUGAUGUAAUUCCUACAAUGGCUCAAGGUGUGGUUGAGUACAAGGAAAGCUUUGGUGUUGAUCCAGUGACCUGUCAGAAUGUGCAGUAUUUUUUAGAUCGUUUCUACAUGAGUCGCAUUUCAAUCAGAAUGCUCCUCAAUCAGCACUCUUUGCUGUUUGGUGGAAAAAUUAAAGUUAAUCCAGCUCAUCCAAAACACAUUGGAAGCAUUAAUCCUAACUGCAAUGUUGUUGAAGUUAUUAAAGAUGGCUAUGAAAAUGCUAAGAGACUUUGUGAUUUGUAUUACAUGAGCUCUCCAGAACUUGUGCUUGAAGAGUUGAAUGCAAAAUCAUCAGGACAACCAAUCCAAGUAGUAUAUGUACCAUCCCAUCUCUAUCACAUGGUUUUUGAACUUUUCAAGAAUGCAAUGAGAGCCACAAUGGAACACUAUACCGAUGGAAGCGUUUACCCUCCAAUUCAAGUACAUGUCACAUUAGGCAAUGAGGAUUUAACUGUGAAGAUAAGCGAUCGUGGUGGCGGUGUUCCGAUGAGGAAAAUUGAUGGACUGUUUAACUAUAUGUAUUCAACUGCACCACGUCCCCAUGUUGAGACAUCACGAGCAACACCUCUGGCUGGAUUUGGUUAUGGUUUGCCUAUAUCACGUCUGUACGCACAGUAUUUCCAAGGAGAUCUGAAACUGUAUUCCUUAGAGGGGUAUGGUACAGAUGCAGUUAUCUACAUAAAGGCUUUAUCAACAGAAUCAAUCGAAAGACUCCCUGUGUAUAACAAAUCAGCCUGGAAACAUUAUGUGGAAAACCAUGAAGCAGAUGACUGGUGUGUGCCAAGCAGUGAGCCAAAGGACAUGACCACGUUCCGCAGUAUAUAAUUGUACAACAGUCCAGAAAAAGUAAACAUGCUUUUGUUGUCUGUUUGCAAAGGGAUUGUUUAGCAGGUUUAUACCAAACAUGGUUCAAAUACUUCAUGUGGAAAUGUUUUUAGUAGGUAAUAAUAAGAAGUUGAAGUUCAUAACUGUUUUCCAGUACUACUUUAAGGAAUUAAGUACACCUCUACCCUUGAUAGAAUGCUGUCCUCAGGAGCCAAAAAAAAUCUUACUGCAUUAUAGGUGAAACCGCUUUGUAUGGAACUUGUUUUGAUCUGCCGGAGCACUGCUUUACGACGUUAUAUCAGGGUGGAGGUGUAUGUAGUUUAAGAAAUACACCUGUAAUUUGUUCCACUUUGUAUUUCUAAUUUACUUCUGGAGCAGUAAUUUUAGAUUUUAUACAGGGUCUAGGAUAACGUAUUUCACAGCUGGCUUGAAUAGCACAGUUCACACAACUUAAACUCUCCUAAUGGAAGCAUUAUUGAAAUAAAUAGCAGCUUGCCAGAACUGCUAAUACCAAUUCUUUGUAUUAAGCAUUGGAUGAAGUUAUCAAAUGAUCAAAACAUUGAAGUCGUUAUUUAAAGCAUUAAUAGAUUUAUAAAACCCAUUAGGCAACCUUUCACAUUUCUCCGCCAUCUUCUAGCUAAGGAGCUCAAAAGCACUUUACAAACCUGAACAAAUUUAGCAAAAUUAGAAACAAAUAUUUGAAUUCAAGUACAGAAGUUCUAAUAGGCAAUCGUGUUGUUUUACUUGUUCUGAAAUCAGUGAAUCAGUACAUACUACUAGUAGUAGAUUAUUCAGAGGGCACGGCAACAGCUGUAAACUAAACGAUUCUCAAGUUGUAUUUGCCUAUACAGUUUAUCAGCUGUGGAAAUCAUUCUAAAAAAUGAAGCUCUCUUUUUGAAAAUCCAGUCUUAACUGCUGCCUCUGAUAUAAUGCAUUGCAGGUAUAAAAUACCAGUUAUGGGUCUUCUGAGAACUGUAUUGAAAAUUCAUGAGAAACAGAAGUUGGCAUAUUUACUUACUGUGAAAUAGCAGCUUCUGAGGGUUUACAGUAAAGAUUUGCAAGUCUUCCUCUCUCUUUCUGCAGGUAAUGUCGAGAUACCAUUUGUGGGUAGUCAGUGGCUUUGACAUUCUGGUAAAGCCUCGAACUCUGGGAUCAUAGAUUAGGUAACGACUGUUAAUAUGGAGAAACUCUACUGCAAAAUCUGCAUCUUUACUGGGCAGAUCAGUGUAUAGUAGGACAACAGGAUCUACCAGUUAACCAGGUGUAUUUAAAGAGUACAAUUAAUGUUAAAAAUCAACUUUAUUUUGCUAUGCUCUUUUUUCCUAUAAUAUUUUAGGUAUAUCUGCUCUCUUGUGAGGGAUGCAACAGUGUUGAUAGCUUCAACUUUUCUGCUGACACCAGCUAUUUAAGCCGUUGUAAUACCUCCAGGUCAUGCGUGUACAUCCCACUGAAUUCUCUCAUCCCCAAAAAACUUCGAAUGCUGCAGAGAAGCACUUGCAGUCCCAGCGCCUAACUCAAAUGACCGAUCCUUAACUGCUCUAUAGAUGAGGGUGAGAGAUAUGCAUGUGCCAGAAAGCACACAGUUUCAGCAGUCUACCAGGUCAAAAUAGAGCAGAGGACGGCAAGACUUACACAGGUUUGCUUGAUCACAACCCUGUGAUUUCUUAUUAUUGAAUAGAUAAGGAAAGAAGCUGGAAUGGCAAAUAUGCUAUAGUCCUAUUUUGUGAGAGAUGACUUCAGGUGAAUUCCUCAUCUAUAAAUGGAGGAUAGACAGGGAUGUUGUGAGGGUAAAUUUUGUUUGUGUGGCAUGUCACCAUUGUAUAUAAGUGCCUAAAAGGCAAUACAAUGUAAGACUAUUUCCUACUCAAAUUAAUGCCCCAAUCUUGCAACUGAAUCCAGGCAGGAAAGGGUUUGUAGAAUGGGGUCAACAUUUACAUAAAGGAGGGAAGUGUUUGCUAAACAUUUGCAACUGUCAUUCUUGACAGCCUAAUGCUAAAAGUAAUAGCAUGGAUUUCUAAAAUAAAUACGUUUUGAAACAUAUACUUUAACAUGUUAAAUAUUUUCAAAACAAUUUGUAUAAAAUUUUGAAAUAUUUAAUCAUAUUUCCACUUAAGAAUUCAGUUGAACUGAUUUUAGAAUGAUUUUCCAUAUUUGUUCUUAGACAUUACUAACAGAUCGCCUGCAAUGAAGAUCUAUCCAAAGAAUACAAGAGUUUUCAUGUGGAAUUAAUGAAGUAGAAACCUUUGCUUGUAUCUUUGCUACCCACAGCUUAACAUAAUCAAAAUGUAUGAGAACAAAAGUUCUGGGCCCCUAGCAAAGUAAUCCAGUGUAGGUAUUUCAAUAGUUUUUUCCUCCUCCACUGGCUGUGGUGGAAAUUAACUGUUUACUAAAUUUCAGAGUGUGCAGUAUUUACUCCGAGUCAUGAGAGUUGACUUGCUAUGUUUCAUUUAUUUCACUUCAGUAGAUGGUUCAAAAUAUUGAUUUUAUAUGUACACAUCUUCAUUACUGUACUGAAAAAUAAUCACUGCCACUUGGCUGUUAAGUAUCAAAAGAAAAUUAACUGGUUGCAGAUGUAGUGAAAUGGAUAGUUAUACUCUCUUGAAACACUGGGAUUCAACCCUAUAUUUAGAAUUUUUGGUUUGUGUGUGAUAAAAUUAAACUGCAAUGUGAUUUUUUUAAUCAUAUUGAAGCAAUAAAUAUGUCCAUUAAUGCAAUUUAGAAAAAUCAUACUUUCAGUUGACUUAUUCUUUGGGUGACUGGAGACUGAAAAAGUUCUAAGGACUCAUCCAACCCUUUCGGGCCUCAAGUGCCAGGGAGGGAGGUUCUCUUUCAAAGAGUAACUCAUGCAGCACAACCAGUCACCUUAUCUGCACCUGUUCAACUGUCACAGCACUGCAGAGACAGGCUUGUGAAACUAAUAUUCAUAUAUCCUCAUAAAUACAGCACUCAUUUCAGUGGCCCCAACCUUCAGAUACUGUGGAGCUGGAAGAAGGAAAAACCCUAGGACACUAAACCUCCAUUCCAUGGAUCAGCCCUGCACUUGUUCCUCACAUAUACCAGGGGGAAGGGACCCAGCGAUGAGAGGGGAAACAGUACCUGGCAUUACAGGUCUUGGACCAUUCUAGAAUUCUGACUAACCUGUCCCAGCAGACAAAACUUCUCCUCCUUUGCAGCAACAAAGAACUCCUUUGGCCACUCAACCUCUGGAAAUUGAUUGAUUGACUAGAUACCAGGAAUCAUCUACCUUAAACUCACUAAUUUCCUAUGAAUUAAAAAUUACGCAAAACAAUAAGCUUCUUUUCUUAAUUAAAACAGCUAAAAAUAGAGAAGACAUUAAUAGAAAUAUGAACUUUAAAUUUUAUUCGAAAAUUAGUAGAGUGAAUGUGCAUUUCCACAAAGUCCUUUUCCUCUUCUGAAUUCCAGAGAAAUCUUCCAUAUUUCAAACACUUCAGAAAUGUCAGAAGUGAAAUGAUCAUUUAAUUAAAAAUGAAAAAUAUUAAUUCAUAUAUUUAAAGGAGAACUUGGUCCACAUAAUUGCAAUAUUUAAACUAGCAAUUCAGAAUUCCAAGAUCUUGAAAUUUUCUAUUUCACUCCAUGAUGGAAUUAACAUUUUUAUUCCAUUAUUUUUCUGAAAAAAAUCUAAGGAAGUGCUUUUGUAAUAUUUCUACAAGCUAUUAUGCAAUUACACAAGAACACACAUCAAAUCAUGUUCUAAACUAUUCCAAGAAUCAAAUCCUCCUUUAAAAAGAGAGUCUAUAGUCUACAAUUUAACAAUUAAAUACAAUGCAGAAACCCAGUGCUUCAUCAAUAAAUUUUUCUACAAUUCUCAUCUCUGUAUUUUAAGUAU